CCAAGAUGGCGGCGGCGCUGGAGGCCCCGGGCCUGUGACCACAAAGAGGAGCCGGGGGCCGGACGGGAGCGCGGCGGCGGCGGCGGCGGCGGCGGCGGCGGCGGCGGCGGCCGAGGCCCAGGCCAGGCCCCCCCCUUCCUCUCAGCCUCCCGCCCUCCCGCCCGCCCUCCUCCGCCCGCCGCCCCGCCCCCCGCCGGCGGCGCCGCGCCCCUCCCCCAACCGCCCGACUAGCAUGGUGCGGCGGCCGCGCGCGCCGACAUGGGGGAGAAGCUGGAGCUGAGGCUCAAGUCGCCCGUGGGGGCCGAGCCCGCCGUCUACCCGUGGCCGCUGCCGGUCUACGACAAACACCACGAUGCUGCUCAUGAAAUCAUCGAGACCAUCCGAUGGGUCUGUGAAGAGAUCCCAGACCUCAAGCUUGCUAUGGAGAAUUAUGUUCUGAUCGACUAUGACACCAAAAGCUUCGAAAGCAUGCAGAGGCUCUGUGACAAAUACAACCGCGCCAUCGACAGCAUCCACCAGCUGUGGAAGGGGACCACGCAGCCCAUGAAACUGAACACUCGGCCGUCCAACGGGCUCCUGCGGCACAUCCUGCAGCAGGUCUACAACCACUCGGUGACGGACCCUGAGAAGCUCAACAACUACGAGCCUUUCUCCCCCGAGGUGUACGGGGAGACCUCCUUUGACUUGGUCGCACAGAUGAUCGACGAGAUCAAGAUGACCGAGGACGACCUGUUUGUGGACCUGGGCAGUGGAGUGGGCCAGGUCGUGCUGCAGGUCGCCGCGGCUACCAACUGCAAACAUCACUAUGGCGUAGAGAAAGCUGACAUCCCAGCCAAGUACGCGGAGACCAUGGACCGAGAGUUCAGGAAGUGGAUGAAAUGGUAUGGAAAAAAGCAUGCAGAAUACACACUGGAAAGAGGCGACUUCCUCUCGGAAGAGUGGAGAGAGCGGAUUGCCAACACAAGUGUUAUAUUUGUGAAUAAUUUUGCCUUUGGUCCUGAGGUGGAUCACCAGCUGAAGGAGCGGUUUGCGAACAUGAAGGAAGGCGGCAGAAUCGUGUCCUCGAAGCCCUUUGCGCCUCUGAACUUCAGAAUAAACAGCAGAAACUUGAGUGACAUUGGCACCAUCAUGCGCGUUGUGGAGCUCUCCCCGCUGAAAGGCUCGGUGUCCUGGACGGGGAAGCCGGUCUCCUACUACCUGCACACCAUCGACCGCACCAUACUUGAAAACUAUUUUUCUAGUCUGAAAAAUCCAAAACUCAGGGAGGAGCAGGAAGCGGCCCGGCGCCGGCAGCAGCGAGACAACAAGAGCACCACGGCCACUCCCACCAAGCUGCCCGAGAGCAAGGCCGCUGUGCCCGCGGACACCCCGAUGGAUUCCGGGGCCGAGGAAGAAAAAGCUGGGGCGACCACCAUCAAAAAGCCGUCCCCCUCCAAAGCCCGGAAGAAGAAGCUGAACAAGAAGGGGCGGAAGAUGGCCGGCCGGAAGCGCGGGCGUCCCAAGAAGAUGAGCACUGCGAACCCGGAGCGUAAGCCCAAGAAGAGCCAAACUGCACUGGACCUCCUGCAUGCCCAGGCCGCGUCGCAGACGGCAGCGCCCUCGCCGCAGGAUGCGUACAAGUCACCUCAUAGCCCGUUUUAUCAGCUACCUCCCAGUGUGCAGCGGCACCCCCCCGACCAGCUGCUGCUGGCACCCACCCCGCCCGCACUGCAGAAGCUGCUAGAAUCCUUCAAGAUUCAGUACUUGCAGUUCUUGGCAUACACCAAGACAGCCCAGUACAAGGCCAGCUUGCAGCAGCUGCUGGACCAGGAGAAGGAGAAGAACGCCCGGUUGCUAGGUGCUGCGCAGCAGCUGUUCGGCCACUGCCAGGCCCAGAAAGAGGAGAUCAAGAGGCUCUUCCAGCAGAAACUGGAUGAGCUGGGUGUGAAGGCGCUGACCUACAACGACCUGAUCCAGGCACAGAAGGAGAUUUCGGCUCACAACCAGCAGCUGAGGGAACAGACGGAGCAGCUGCAGAAGGACAACAGGGAGCUGAGAAGCCAGAGCCUACAGCUGCUCAAGGCUCGGUGUGAGGAGCUGAAGCUGGACUGGUCCACGCUGUCCCUGGAGAACUUGCUGAAAGAGAAGCAGGCCCUGAGGACCCAGAUCUCUGAGAAGCAGAGGCACUGCCUGGAGCUGCAGAUCAGCAUUGUGGAACUGGAGAAGAGCCAGCGGCAGCAGGAGCUCCUGCAGCUCAAGUCUUGCGUGCCGCCGGAUGACGCCCUGUCUGCGCACCUGCGCGGGAAAGGAGCCCUGGGCCGGGAGCUGGAGGCUGACCCCGGCCGGCUGCAUCUGGACCUGGACUGCUCCAAGUUCUCCCUGUCCCACUUGAACAGCGCAAGCCCAGAACUCUCCAUGAACGGCCACGCAGCUAGCUAUGAGGUGUGCGGCGCGCUGAGCCGGCCCUCGUCCAAGCAGAACACCCCCCAGUACCUGGCCUCCCCCCUGGACCAGGAAGUCAUACCCUGCACCCCCAGCCACAGCAGCCGGCCGAGGCUCGAGAAGAUGUCGGGCCUGGCGUUGCCCGACUACACCCGGCUCUCCCCGGCCAAGCUGGUGCUGAGGCGGCACCUGAGCCAGGACCACGUGGCCAGUGGAAAGACGGCGGCCAAUGAGCUACACCCGCGAGCUGAGCACGCCAAGGAGAACGGCCUUCCAUACCAGAGCCCUGGCAUUGCAAACGGCAUCAAGCUGAGCCCUCAGGACCCUCGACCCUCGUCCCCCAUGGCCUUACAGAUGACAGGGGAGAGGGGCGGCGAGAAGGGUGUGAAGGAGCGCGCCUAUGCCAGCACUGGGGAGGCCAUCACCAGCUUGCCCGUCAGCAUCCCGCUCAGCACCGUGCAGCCGAGCAAGCUGCCCGUCAGCAUCCCUCUGGCCAGUGUGGUGCUGCCCAGCCGUGCCGAGAAAGUGAGAAGCACCCCCAGCCCUGUGCCGCAGACCCGAGAGUCCUCGUCCGCACUUGAAAAGCAGAUGGGCACUAAUGCCCACGGCGCUGGAAGCAAAGGCCUCACCCCAGCUCCUGCAGGCUUCUACACGGGCUCAGUGGCUGUCAGUGGGGCCCUGGCAGGCAGCCCGGCCCCCCUCGCUCCCGGAGCCGAGCCCGGCACCUUCGAUGAGGUCUCGGGCUCAGGAAGCCUGUUCGCCAGCAUGGGGUCCUGCUCCACCCCGCAGCACCCACCCCUGCUGCCGCAGUCCCGCGGCUCCGGUGCAGCCUCGCCUGCCCAUCCGCUCUGCACCAGCCCCCGGCUCAGCAGUGCUGCCCAGGGCCCGCUCCCCGAGGCCAGCAAAGGGGACCUUCCUUCCGAGGCCGGCUUUUCAGACCCUGAGGGCGAAGCCAAGAGGAGGAUUGUCUUUACCAUCUCGGCUGGCGGCAGUGCCAAACAGUCGCCUCCCGGCAAACCGAGCCCUCUGCCCACGGGCGCCCGUGGGGACAGUGGCCAGGGCCAUGGGCCAGACAGCCGCAAGCGGGGCAGGAGGAAGCGGGCGGCAGCUGGGACCCCCAGCCUGAGCUCCGGCGUGUCGCCCAAGCGUCGGGCUCUGCCGUCCGUUGCCGGCCUCUUCACACAGUCUUCAGGGUCCCCGCUGAACCUCAACUCUAUGGUCAGCAACAUUAACCAGCCUUUGGAAAUCACGGCCAUCUCGUCCCCCGAGAGCCUGAAGAGCUCCCCUGUCCCUUACCAGGACAACGACCAGCCGCCCGUUCUCAAGAAGGAGAAGCCGUUGAGCCAGACCAAUGGGGCCCACUACUCCCCACUGACCUCAGACGAGGAGCAGGGCUCUGAGGAUGAGCCAGGCAGCGCCAGAAUCGAGAGAAAAAUUGCAACAAUCUCCUUAGAAAGCAAAUCUCCUCCAAAAACCUUGGAAAGCGGUGGUGGCCUGGCCGGGAGGAAGCCGACCCCUGCCAGCGAGCCCGCCAACAGCAGCAAGUGGAAAUCCACCUUCUCGCCCAUUUCCGACCUCGGCCUGGCCAAGUGCGCCGACAGCCCGCUGCAGGCUGGCUCCACCCUGAGCCAGAACUCCCUGUUCGCUUUCCGACCCCCUUUAGAGGAGCCCGGCUUGGCUGAUGCCAAGCUGGCUGCCCACCCCAGGAAAAGCUUUUCUGGUGCCCUGUCGGGGGCCGGUGGGCUAAGCCCCAGCAGCAACCCUCCCAAUGGCUUCGCCUUCAGCGGGGGCCUGGCCGCCGACCUCAGUUUACACAGCUUCAGCGAUGGUGCUUCUCUCUCCCACAAGGUCCCCGAGGCGGCCAGCCUGGGCGCCCCUUUGAGCUUCCCUGCCCCGCGGGGCAAGGAGGGCGGUGCCACAGAGCCCGGCGCCUUUGUGAACAAGAGGCAGCUGGAUGGACUGGGCGGCCCCAAGGGCAGGGAGGCCGGCGAGCUGGGCCUGCCGGCGUGCGGGCCCCCGGACAAGGCCUCGCUGGUGCACAGCAAGCCGGGCAAGGGCCGGGACCGUGAGCCCGACUUGAAGAAUGGCCACAACCUCUUCAUUUCUGCCGCCACUGUGCCUCCCGGGGGCCUCCUCAGCGGCCCGGGCCUCGCCACGGCGGCGUCCUCGGCGGUCAGCGCGGCCCCCUCCGCCCAGACACACCGCCCCUUCCUGGGCACCUUUGCCCCCGGCCCACAGUUCGCCCUGGGUCCCAUGUCCCUGCAGGCCAACCUGGGCUCAUCCGUGCUACAGUCCUUGUUCAGUUCCGUGCCGGCCGCUGCCGGCCUGGUGCACGUCUCGUCCGCUGCAACCAGACUGACCAACUCGCACGCCAUGGGCAGCUUUUCCUCCGGGGUGGCAGGUGGCGCAGUUGGAGGUGUCUUUAACCACGCGGUGCCUUCCGCCUCCGCUCAUCCGUUUGGAGCCAGUUUCGGCAGCGGGGCUGCGUGUCGCAGCGCCACGCUGAGCUUAACCCCACUGCAGGCGGUGGCCGGCGCCCCCGCGUCUUCCUUUCAGGCCCCGCCCCCGCCCCCACCGGGGCAGCCCGCCCUCCCCGCACCCCCUCCCCCUAACGCCGCCUUGCCUCCUGCCCCCGCGCUGCUCCCGGCUAACUCUGAGCCCGUGCUUCUGCAGAACCUCGCGUCCCUCCCGGCUAACCAGGCUUUCUUAUCCACCUCCUCUGCCGCCUCUCUGCAGCCUGCUAACGCCUCUCUGUCCAUCAAGCUCGCCUCCCUCCCGCACAAGGCCCCCCGCCCCUCCUUCACGGUGCACCACCAGCCCCUGCCCGGGCUGGCCCUGGCCCAGGCCGCGCCCGUGAUCCCGCAGGCCAGCUCCACGGGGCCGUCUGCCGUGUGGGUUUCCCUUGGCAUGCCGCCUCCGUAUGCCGCGCGCCUUGCGGGGGUUAAGCCAAGAUAAAGACCUUGCUUAGCUAGCAGUUCGUAUUCUGUAAGGGAACUAGGAUUUCUACCUCAACCGUGAGACCUAUGCAAGGACGGGCUGGGCCGGCGGCCGGCCAUCGGACAGCGAGGACGGACUGAGGACAGGGGACGAGGCUCUACUGUGAAUCCGCGCUGUGCAGACCUGCAGGAGGUGCUGGGGCCUGGCUCUAGCUCGUACUGUCGAUAGUUUUAGAUAAAGUAUUUAUCGUUUUUUAAAAAGUAUAAACAAUUCUGACUUAUUUUACUCCACCGAAGUCGUAAAGGCAACCUAUUGAGAAGUGUAAAUACUAUAUAUGAGAGGAUCUAUAUGCAGACGUCCACCCGAAGGACUGGCCUGCCCGCGGACGCGCUGACCGCCGGUCCCGGUGCUAUCUCGACGCAGGCCUCGCUGCUGCCUCGUCCUCUUGGUGCUGACUGGAGGUUGACCAACGCCAGAACCGGGCCGGGAGGCGCCUGCCCUAUUUAUUCUUGCCGCUCUUCCUAUACCAAAGGCACGGCUGUCUCCAGGUGGAGGGUGGCUCGCGCUGUCGUGACAUUCCUCGGAAGAGGCCCUCUCCCCGGGGGGGCGCCCGCCCCCGCCCCAUCACUGUGAACGGCUCCUACCGGACUGUUGGCCCCUCGGCCUGGGAUUAGCGCCUUUGGCAUAGGAACGGUCGGCGGGCGUGGGGCGGUCAGACCCUCCCCGAUCCCGCGCGGACCCGUUCUGAGUGGUGCUUGAGGAAGGUCUGGUACCCGACUCCCGACGGCGUGGCGGGCUGGUGCAAGUGCAUUUACUUUCGUACGUUUCUGCUCGUCUGGGGCUCCCGCCGCGGUCCACCAAAGCGCGUAGUAAGCUCGCGGCACAUGGGCCAGGGACGUGGGACAGGUUAGUCACGGGUGCCUGGCGUGUCUGUACAGAGGAGAGUCACACUGAGGAGUGACAGUAUUUUAUAGAGAUGUGAUGAAAAUUUAUAAAUUUCAUAGACUUGACUUCAUUUAUUUUUAGAUUGUAUAAUGCAUAGUAAACUAAAGAAGAAAAGCGAGGGGAGAACCUUUCUAUUUAUUCAAGUGCGCACAGUGGCAUGGGCCCAGGGCCGGCCCUUAGCCCCGGACUGCGUGACCGCAGCCCCCCGGGGUGGAGUGGACAGGCCCCGCACCCCGCCCAAGCCCCUCUGGCCAGUCCGUGCGGUUGCUGCGGCUGUGCCGCCCCCACCCCGGAGCAGCUCUGAUGGUGCUUGUCAGUGAACGCCAGUGAACGGGGGUGGGGGGGGUGGGGGGGGAGCAAAGCUGGAGCUGUUCGGAGGCGCCUAGAGGUUGCCAGUAGGGCUCUCCAGCCCCUCCAGGGUAGCAGUCGGCCAGUGUUGUGUAUGUCUGCGGUCUUCAAAGGGUGCGUCCAGAAGUCCCCAGCCCUCCGAAAGGGCCAACAUCAGCCAAGGUCCUGGCAGAGGGAUCUGGACCCCGAGAUGGGUGCUCUAGGAAGGGCUGAGUCGGUGAGGUCAGAGCCCUGUUCUCAGGUGCUUGCAUCCCCCAAGGAACACAGGGAACUUGCCUCUUUCCAAAGGUGGGCUGUGUUUAGCCUGUUGCUCAAGUAGAGGCCCUGAGCUCCUGCCUGCCCGGGAGGCUUGUGCUGACCACCACUCUUCCGGUGGGCAGGCAGAGGCCUUGAGGCAAUGCAGGCCAAAGACGGCCACCGCAGGACCCUUUUCUGCCUGCAGCCGCCUCCUGGAGGCAGACAAAUCUGUGCAGGGCGGGUCUGGCCGUUGGCUGUUCUGGAAAUUGGCUGGACCCCUGGUUUCCACAGGCAGGGGCCUGCCAGAGCCCUGCUUUCCUGCUUGCCCUGGGGGUAAUGCUUCUGGCCCAGAGCAAUAGUUGAGGCAGAAGAUGGUGCUCGCGAUGGGUUCUUGAAAUUGGCCCAUUGUUCUGUAACUGGCUGCCCUGGCUCCUUCCCUCUGGGUUGGCGCUCCCGGGGCAUGAAGGUGCUGUGCCUCACCCCUGUGAACCUCAAGCCCCUGGCCCCCAGGACAGGGCAGUGUUUGCCUGGCCACACACACACACACACACACACACACACACACACCCUUGUCAGGUGCACAGGGCUCCCUAAAAAGCUACAGGGUGGGUGGACAUCGGAGAGGUCACACGUGAGUCCCCAGCGUAGAACAGAGCGACCCUGUUCACACACACUGCAUCACUUCAGGGGGGCCCGCACAGUCACUGACAUGGGGCUUCCUGCGGAUGUGCCAUACUGAGUCUCCCGGCACGAGCACGGGUGUGUUUGGGAUCACCCCACGGUGGCUGGGCCAUCCCUAGCAGGAGGGGAGGCAGCACGCUGGUGCACAGAGCCCCGGGGCUACUGGCGACCGCGGGGGCAACUUCAGGGAAGUCUGGUAGGCCGCAGGUGGCCCUGCUCAGGAAAACCUAACAGUGAACACGGCCCUCCCGACAGCUUGCCGUCUCCUGCGGCCACGGACCGUGAUUUAUCUAAGGCUCACGUGCCCCUCUUUACCCGCCCCGCCUGCCCUCAUUCCCACGGUCCAGCCACACUGGUUUGUUUCCCCCAUCUCUCAACCUUGAUUUGUAACUCAGACGGGGCUUUGCUUUGUGUUUUUGGUAGACUGUGUUUCAGUUGGGGGUGCUGGCAUGGCCUGUCCCUCCCUGGGCUGCUGGCUUGACCCUCUUUUCCUAAGAGAACCCCAAUGCACUCUGCAUUUCCACCUCUAGGCGCUGUAAUAAAAUACUUGUUUUCACU